UGGGUCAACAGAAAUGGGUGACAGUGGGUGCCGACUUUGUAAAAAUGGCGUCUGAUACCAGCUGCCUUCAGCAGAGGAGCAGCGCGUCCAGUGAGAAGAACAUCAGUGCGUUCUAAGUCAUCUCCAGAAGAUGAAGUCUGCCGCUGCAGCAGGACUUGCGUCGGACAAGAAAACCCACAGAAGCCGCUUUCAUCAUGGGAAACUACGGCUGCUCUGCUGCAGAUGUUUCCAGAGAGCAAGGCAAUGAGCAAUUUCACCGAUAUCAGGGGACAUGAUCGCCUUCCACUUAUUUAUCUCCCGUUUACUAUCGAAGAAGAAGAAGAAGUGACCUUCUACAGGGCGGAAGAUGUCAGCGCUGAAAAAGACCAGAAGUAUUCAUCUUGGUCCCGCUCUCGAAAGUUCAAUGAAGGCAGACGCCUCCCUCCAGCCAGGAACAUGAAGGGCUUAUCGGGCAGCCGUUCCCAACACCAGAUUCCUUUACCCCAUGGCUUGGACUACGACCCCCAUGUCCAUGACCUCCACACUCACCAUGGCUCUGAAUCCCGCCACUCGUCCUACCUGCUCAGCCCCACAGAAAGCUGCCCCAUGGACUUCCACCACCGCUACUCACCUCGCAGCUCCAUCCACUCUGACUGCAUGAUGAUGUCCCCUGUCAUGAUGCCGCCAGCUGCUGCAUCGGACCACAUCUCCAGCAGCACCUUUCCCAGAAUGCACUACAGCUCCCAGUAUUAUGACUCAGCCACACGGGAUGACUGCGCUGCCAUCACAGCUUCUGCCACCUCCCCAGCUGUUGCUGCUGCUGCUGCAGCGGCAGCUGCAUCCUCCCACCAUGCCGGCACCAAGAGCAACCGCCUUCCAGCUAACCUACUGGACCAGUUUGAGAAACAACUGCCACUACACCGCGAUGGCUUCCACACGCUACAGUACCAGCGCACCUCCACCACUACUGAGCAACGCAGUGAGAGUCCUGGCCGUAUCAGACACCUUGUUCAUUCUGUUCAGAAGCUUUUCACCAAGUCCCACUCCCUGGAGGGAUCAUCCAAGAUGAAUGGCACAAAAGGUGAUAUUGUAGGAGGUGGAGGAGGAGGAGGCUAUUACUAUCAUGGUCACCACUCCACCAAACAUGGUAGCAAGAGGAGCAAGAGUAAAGAACGUAAGCACCGCUCUGGCGGCUGGUGGAGCUCAGACGACAACCUGGAUAGUGACAGCACCUACCGCACACCCAGUGUCAUGUCACGGCACCAUGGGGAACAUGUCAGCCACUGCUAUCCAGAUUCCAUGCACAGCCACCACUUUGGAGACCUGUCACUCAAGACCUCUAAGAGUAACAAUGAUGUCAAGUGUUCAGCCUGUGAGAGCAUGGCCAUGGCACCUGAGGGCAAAUUCAUGAAGAGAAGCUCCUGGUCAACACUAACAGUCAGCCAGGCCAAGGAGGCAUAUCGGAAGUCAUCACUUAAUCUAGAGAAACCCAUCAUGCACAUGGAUCACAAGCCUUUGCGGACAUGCCACUACCUGCAGGUGCCCCAGGAUGAGUGGAGUGGAUACCCAGGUGAGAAAGAUGAGGAGAUCCCAUGUCGGCGGAUGCGAAGUAGCAGCUAUGUCAAAGCUAUGGGAGAGGUGGAUGAUGACAGUGGGGACUCUGACACCAGUCCUAAGACCUCUCCGCAGAAGGCCAUUCGGCCGGAUGCUCUCGUCCUCAAAUCAGCCAUGCAGAGACACCAUUUAGACUCCCACAGCCAGGGCUACCACUUGCAAACUACAAGAGAUAUGCGGCCUCAUCCUAGUGUCACGUUGGACCCUGCCGCCUUUCAUCCCCCACCCUUCCGCUCUCGCAACCAGAGCUACAUGCGCGCCGUCAGCACCCUCAGUCAGGCUAGCUGCGUCAGCCAGGUGAGUGAGACUGAGAUCAAUGGCCAGUUUGAGUCAGUUUGCGAGUCCGUUUUUAGUGAAGUAGAAUCCCAGGCCAUGGAGGCCUUGGACCUGCCUGGUUCGUUCCGCACUCGAAGCCACAGUUACCUCCGUGCAAUUCAGGCUGGUUAUUCCCAAGAUGACGACUGCUUGCCUUCAAUGACAUCCUCCACUGUCACUUCAACUCUCAGAUCCACAACAGAGGGAUAUGAUGUUGUGGAUGGGACAUCUUUACUAAAUGACGACAUGAUAGAGGAUGAUGAUGGUGCUAGCUCCUCUGCCUAUGCGGAGCUCGAAAGGCUGGAGAGAGAGACUGCAGCUGCUCGCAGCCAGCACAGUACUAGCUCCACCGUAACAGCCAUCUCCGUCCCGCCAGCAUCACCGCCUUCAUACAGGGUCCCUUCUGCCUCACCCAUAGCCACCUCUGAGCCACCAGUCCCUCAGGCUAUUCAAGCCUUCAAGGAGUCUGCGAACAUGGUUGCUGCCUUUAACAUGCAGUGGAAGGAUGAAAUCUCAGCAAUGCGGUAUGAGCUAGCGGAGCUGCGAAGAGAUGUUUGUGGGGAAUUAAAAACUUUCAACAGCAACUUCUUCAACUUUACUCAGUGCUACAAUAUGUGGACUUUGUGUCGGGAGCCUUGCAGCGACAGUACCACACAAACAGACGACAGAGUGUCUAUAGGAAUUCAGGCAGGCUCAAGUUGGUCUGUUCGACAGAACACAGAGGAUAAGUCAGUGAUGUGCCAACCAGAGCCAGCACCCUUCAGCAUCAUGGAUUUGAUGGAUCCACCAAGAAUCGAGAUUAUAGAGGGAACUCCUGAGAGCACGCCAGAGGGCUCAGGCAGCCCUGCCAGCCCCCUUCCAAUAGAGGACUUCCCAUGGGAGAUCAACAAAAAACAAAAGGCUCCUAAGCAGCCAGACACAGGUGGCCACACAGGUGGUCACAGAAGCGCCAGUUUAGAGCUGUGGAGCAGAAAGUACACCAGUGGGCCCAUGUCAUAUCUGUCUAUGUCAUUCUAAUCAUUCAUAUUCUGUGCAUACUGUAAAUGAGAUGAGGAGGCCAGGGUAAAAUCCUGACGUUUAUCAAAGAAAGCAGGGCAAUGCUAUUGUUAGAUGUCCCUUUACUCUAUGCAGACACAUAGUCUGUCAUCUCUUGAACAGCUUACAGUGUUGUUCAAGCAAUCUUUUAACAAGUGUCUUGCUUAGCCAUGGAAUAAAAGAGUGAUUUGUUUUACACCAGAAUAAGGUAACAUAAGAAAGUGAGAGAGAAUGUGGCUGACAUUCAGAUCCUCAAGUGCCAACAAGUGCAGCAUCAUCUUCCCUCCACUGUCUUAAAUACCCAGCCUUCAGAGAAAAAGACAAUUCAAGUAAGCAUGAUCACAAAUGUGAGGGAUAUUUAAUGAUAACGCUCAAUAAUCAGCUGUUGUGCGGUGAGGCAUAUGAUGGUCUGUUUCUGCACAUGAAUUUGAAUAGCUCAUGUUCAUUCCAGUUUCUCUUCAUGUAGAAACAUCCUCUUAAGCACCUAAAUAUACUGAAAAAAUACUGUGAAUAACUUUAUAAACCCUAAUUUUUUAAUGGAUGCAUUUAAGAGAAUACAUUAUUAAAGAAUAUAUUGACCUAUACUUUACUUCUUAGCUAUCCUAAUCAAAGCAUUCCUUUUCCAUGACCUUCAUCCAUUUUGUAGCCAGUUGCAGGUGAAAUGGGCAUUUUUGAAUAUUUCCACCUUACUAAACUGUUCUCAGUGGUGAACUGAUGGACCACCCAACGUCAAGAUGUAACUGUAUGAAUUUAAAAAACAGUAGAUAGUGCUGAUAAGAACUUAUUAUUACCCCUAUACAAUUUGUAACAGUCAAGUCCUCUGAAAAAUUGUAUGGAUUGCACUGUCUCAAAGCUCUGAGGACUCAGUCCCUGACCCAAAUUGUUUACGAUGAAUCAUUUUGACUGGUCACAAAGUGUCACAGCAUUUGGAGAGUAAAACAGUGAGAGGGACUCACAGUGAUCAUGAACUAUGAAUGUAUUGGCUUCAGUUCAUUCCUGCACACAAACUGCAUUCAUGUUCAAACUCUGUAUAUGUAUAUAAAUGUAUCAUUUUGUAUAUAGAGAAACUUAUAUUCAAUACUUGUACUGUUUGCAGUUACAAACAUAUGGUGUCCUGAAGGCACUGAGGGGGUAAUAGUAGUUACUGUGGUUCUAAACCAAACAGCACUUUUUCCAGUCUUCAGAUCUGUCUGCAUUUUUUCAUCAUGUUCAUCACGCAGCGUUUUUUUUUUCACCCCAUGAGGAAGUUGGUUGUUCAUACCAGUGUUUCGCCUGUUGUUUUUCAUACAGCGGUAACCAGAGUUUCCUUAAUGUUUGCUGUCUCACAUAUUCACGGUAUUUUUUAAAAGUUAUUUAAUUCUGGAAGAGAUGGUUUAACAAAAGGUACAAUCAGUUUAUUGUUUUGUAUGUUUUGUUUUGAGAUUUGAAUUAAAUGCUACCAUUUAUGUCACAUUUCUGUAGUAAUAGUGGAUGGUAACUUUGUCAGUUCAUCAUUUCUGAAAGAUAACAGAGAAACAUUGGUCCCUAUAAGUAGACAAUCAGAGCCACUGAGGGCCUCUACCUCUUCGACAUGUCCCCAGAGGUGCAGUAUAGUACCACUGAAUGUACUAACACCGCCUCACUCGUGAUGGCUUAGCUGGGCUCCUGUCAAACCUUAAUAGGUUGGAACCCUCAAUCAUCUGCUAUAUUUGGCUAAUAGCUCAUUUUGUCUGUCACUAAUAAAAUGAUAGCUGCUCAUUUGUUAUGAUCAUUCUCCUUAACCACUCAUCCAUCCAUUGUCCCAUUGUAUCAACAUGACGCACCAAAGUUAAUACUAAGGCGCAUCGAACUGAGGCCAACAACAAAGUUUGACAGCACUUAUCUUUGGACGAUCACUGCAGCACAGGACCAUGGGAAACCUGUAUGUAUCAGAGCCCUGACUGAAAUGUGAACCUUUCAGAAAGACCUAAUAAAGGACAGGCAUCAUCUCUCACUUUAUAAAGAGAGUGGAUCUUCUUCCCCCUUUGCACGACCAAAAGACAAUAUUUGUAGAAAAAGUGGCAUUUAGAAAGAAUGAUAUUCAUACAAAGGUUGUACUAGAGGUAAGAGCAGCAUUAAAGUUGAAGCCACAAAAGAACAAAUGCAGACAUUUCCUCUUGAAUUCUAGUAGUAGCUCAACCCCAUACACCCAUCGAAAUAUAUAACUCACUAAACCUGGGCUUCAAAGCCCAACUAAAUGAUUCAAUUGCCAUGAUAAUCUAAUAUAUGUGUUAAAGAGGGACAACAUUUUAAGGCAGGUUUUGCUGGGCAGCAGAUCUUUAGCUGUAAAUGUGAUGUUUUAUGAGGUUUUGGUACAAAGAAUAAUAGGGAAGGAAUACACUCAAGUCUAUUGUUGUAAUUCUCUACUAUUUGCAAUGCAUAAUAAGAUUUUUUUUUAACAGUUUCUAACCUAUUUGUUGUUGUUAUAAACCCACAAUAAAUAUUUUAAGUUUCUCAUUACAGAUCAGUUAAACGCUGGAUGAGAAUAUUUAAAUCAUAAAAGAUAUCAAUGAAAGGCAUAUGACUGUGACAGCAUUUACCCUGUGAUCAUAUAAUAUAUGGUCAUAGGCUAAAUGUAUAUGCACUACCAAUCAAAAGUUUGGAAACACCUUCUCAUUUAAUUUUUUUUCAUGACUAUUUACAUUGUAGAUUCUCACUGAAGACAUCAGAACUAUAAAUGAACACAUGAAAUAAUAUAAUAAACAAAAAAAUGUGAAAUAAGUCAAAACAUGUUUUAUAUUUUAGAUUCUUCAAAAUAGCCACCCUUUGGCUUGAUUACUGCUUUGCACACUUUUGGCAUUCUCUCAUUUAGCUUCAUGAGGUAGUCACCUGAAAUGGUUUUUCAACAGUCUUGAAGGAGUUCACAGAGAUGCUGAGCACUUGUUGGCUGCAUUUGCCUUCACUCUGUGGUCCAUCUCAUCCCAAACCAUCUACACUGGUUUUAGGUCAGGUGACUGUGGAGGCCAGGUCACCUGAUGCAGCACUCCAUCACUCUCCUUCUUGGUCAAAUAGCUCUUACGCAGCCUGGAGGUGUGUUUGGGGUCAUUGUCCUGUUAAAAAUAAAUGAUGGUCCAAGUAAACGCAAACUGGAUGAGGAUCCAUGUCCCUGAAGGAUGCUGUGGUGGCCAUGCUUGUUCAGUGUGCCUUCACUUUUGAAUAAAUCCCCAACAGUGUCACCAGCAAAGCACCCCCACACCAUCACACCUCCUCCUCCAUGCUCCAGGGUGGGAACCAUGCAUGUAGAGACCAUCCGUUCACCUUUUCUGCGUCACACAAAGAUACAGCAGGUGGAACCAAAGAUCUCAAAUUUGGACUAAUCAGACCAAAGCACAGAUUUCCACUGGUCUAAUGUCCAUUCCUUGGGUUUCUUGGUCCAAACAAAUCUUGUUUCUGCAGUCUCCUCUGAACAGUUGAUGGAGAGAUGUGUCUGCUACUAGAACUCCAUGUGGCAUUUAUCUGGGCUCUAAUCUGAGGAGCUGUUAACUUGUGAUUUCUGAGGCUGGUGAUUCAGAUAAACUUAUCCUCAGCAGCAGAGGUGACUCUUUAUCUUCCUUUCCUGUGGCGGUCCUCAUGUGAACCAGUUUCAUCGUAGCGCUUGAUGGUUUUUGUGACUGCACUUGGGGAAACAUUCAAAAUUUUUAAAAUUUUCCGGACUGACUGACCUUCGGUUCUUAAAGUAAUGAUCGACUAUUGUUUCUCUUUACUUAGCUGAUUGGUUCUUGCCAUAAUAUGGAUUCUAACAGUUGUCAGAUAGGGCUGUCAACUGUGUACCAACCUGACUUCUGCACAACACAACUGAUGGUCCCAACCCCAUUGAGAAGGCAAGAAAUUCCACAAAUGAACCUUGACAAGGCACACCUAGGAAGUGAAAAUUAUUUCAGGUGACUACCUCAUGAAGCUCAGCGAGAGAAUGCCAAGAGCGCUAAUGUAGUAAUCGAAGCAAAGGGUGGCUAUUUUGAAGAAUCUAAAAUAUAUAACAAGUUUUGACUUAUUUCACACUUUCUUGUUUACUACAUAAUUCCAUAUGUGUUCAUUCAUAGUUCUGAUGCCAUCAGUGAGAAUCUACGAUGUAAAUAGUCAUGAAAAUAAAUAAAAAUCAUUAAAUGAGAAGGUGUUCCAAACUUUUGACUGGUAGUGUACAUAUAUUAAAAUA